GAAAGGCAGCGAGGAGGGUGGCUCCGGGCUCGGUGCUCACCGCGACUUCCCGUGCAGGGCCCGGCAGGACAAGGACCCGCGGCCUCGGCGGCGCUGGAGGAUGCGGCCGCGGCCCCGGGCAGCAGCAGCGGGAACCCCGGUGCCCUGCAGGUCAGCAGUUGAGUAGCUGGGGCCCUGGAGGGCUUGAAGCCUUCACAGUGAUGGCGGAGAAGCGGCCGCUGGGGACCCUGGGGCCUGUGAUGUACGGCAAGCUGCCCCGCCUAGAGGCAGACUCUGGGCCCGGGCACAGCCUGCCCCCCUCUGCUGGUAACCAGGAGCCCUGCAGCUACAAAGGUGCCUACUUCUCCUGCCCCAUGGGGGGUCCUCCGAAGACAGAGUCUGAGCGGUUGGCAUCCUGGACCCCAUACCCACCCUUGUACCCCACCAGCAUGGCAGGACCCCCACUUCGGGCAGACAACCUUCUGACCAGCUGCCUGCUCUACCGCCCACCCACAGAAAGCUCCGAGAAAGUACAGGACUCUGGCCCGGUUGAGCUCCUACCCUUCGGUGCCCAGGCUCACUCCUACCCAGGCCCACCACUGGCGGCACCCAAACCUGUCUACCGCAACCCUCUGUGUUAUGGGCUCUCAACCUGCCUGGGGGAAGGGGCAGCAAAGAGGCCCCUGGAUGUUGAUUGGACGCUGGUGACUGGAUCCCUGUUACCCCCCGCCGACCCAUCUUGUUCUCUGCCCCCAGCUCCUGGCAAGGGCCAGUCCCUGGAUGGUACCUUCUUGCGUGGGGUGCCAGCUGGGACGUCUGGCAAAGACUCCUCGGUGAGCUUCUCCCCGUGCCAGGCAUUCUUGGAGAAGUAUCGGACCAUCCACAGCACGGGCUUCCUGGCCUCCAAGUAUGCAGGUCCUUACUCUGGGGACCCCAAGCAGGCAUUGUCCGAGGGACCCCCCAGCCCUUGGACGCAGCUGGCCCAACCUCUGGGACCAGCCUGCCAGGAUGCCGUGCCCACCCACUAUCCGCUGCCCCAUCCCGCACAGGCCCUCCCUUGCCCUCCAGCCUGUCGCCACCCAGAGAAGCAGGGCAGCUAUGGCUCAGUGCUUCCACCGCAGCCUCUGGGAGCCCACAAGGGGGCCGGGUACCCAGCUGGUGGGCUAAGCAGCCCCUACCUGAGGCAGCAGGCAGCUCAGACACCCUAUAUGCCCCCAGUGGGGUUGGACACUUAUUCCUACCCCUCUGCCCCCCUCCCAGCACCCUCGCCAGGCCUCAGGCUGGAGCCGCCUCUCGCCCCACGCUGCCCAGUGGACUUUGCUCCCCAGACGCUGGGCUUUCCUUACGCCCGGGAUGACCUCUCUCUCUAUGGAGCAUCCCCAGGGCUCGGAGGGACGCCGCCUUCCCAGAACAGUGUGCAGGCUGUGCCACAGCCCGGUGCCUUCCAGCGGGCAUGCCAGCCUCUGCCUGCCAGCCAGCCAUGCUUAGAGCCUGCAAGGCCUGCAGAGAAGCCAGUGCAGGAAGCUGAGGAGAAGAUGUGGCUGCCCAGCUGCAGGAGAGAGCAGCCCCAGCCCCACCUCGAUGAGCACCCUGGGGCACCCAUCAUCAUUGGCGAUAGUCCAGUUCCACCCACCCCACCGGCACUCCCGCCCUGUGCCCAGGAGCGCCAGUCUCUUACGCAGAACGAGGGCACACUGCCACCCAGCUCCCCACCCAUGCCCAUUAUCGACAACGUCUUCAGCUUGGCCCCCUACCGUGACUACCUGGACGUGCAGGCACCUGAGGCCACAGCUGAGCCAGACCCGGCCCCAGCCCCCAGUGAGAGCCAUGACAAAGACUGCAGGGGAUCUCUGCCUGGCCGGGAAGCCCCCUCGAGGGUGCACGCCUCACUUAAGGAGGAGGUGGCACUGGACUUGAGUGUGAAGAAGACCGCGGCAGAGGCCCCCCCUACCAAGGUCCCUCAUCCCGCAGGGCAUGCCAAGCCCACCGCAGCUGUGGAUGUGCCAGGUGCGGGAAACACAGUCUCCGACAUGCCAGGUGUGGGGGACACAGUCUCAGAUCGGCAAGUCCUGAAAAAGGUAGUCACAGAGGCACCGGACCUGCCUGGGGUGCCAGUGACCACAGAGGCGACCCCAAGGACCAACUUCCACAGCUCUGUAGCCUUCAUGUUCCGAAAAUUCAAGAUCCUCCGGCCAGCACCCUUGCCUGCAACUGUGGUUCCAGCCGUGGUCCCAGCUGUGCCCACCUCAGCCCCUGCUCAGCCUGCACCCACCCCCACACCUGUGCCCGCUGGACUACAGAUUCUCACCCAGCCCUUGCCCGUGGCCUGCUUCAACCUGGCACUGCCCAGCCCUCCAGCUGUAGCCAUGACCUCCCCCGCCUCGGCCCCUGCUCCGGCUCCAUCACCUGCACCGGCUCCAGCUCCGGCUCCGGCUCCGGCUCCGGCUCCAGUUGUAGGCCCCGCUCCAGCGUCUACUCCCGCCACAGCAGACUCCCCAGAGCAACACUUCGCAGGACUGCAUGCCUCCCUGUGUGACGCCAUCUCGGGCUCAGUGGCCCACUCCCCGCCGGAAAAGCUGCGCGAGUGGCUUGAGGCGUCUGGGCCUUGGGGCCGGGCGGCGUGGCAGGACUGCCAGGGUGUGCAGGGGCUGCUGAGCAAGCUGCUGUCCCAGCUGCAGAGCUUCGUGUGCACGCAGCAGUGCCCCUUCCCCCACGUGGUGCGGGCCGGGGCCAUCUUCGUGCCCAUCCACCUGGUGAAGGAGCGGCUCUUCCCGCGGCUGCCACCCGCUUCCGUGGACCACGUGCUGCAGGAGCAUCGCGUGGAGCUGCGGCCCACCACGCUGUCGGAGGAGCGGGCCCUGCGGGAGCGCGCCCUGCACGGCUGCACGUCGCGCAUGCUGAAGCUGCUGGCGCUGCGCCAGCUGCCCGACAUCUACCCUGACCUGCUGGGCCUUCAGUGGCGAGACUGUGUACGCCGCCAGCUGGGUGACUUUGACACUGAGGCUGGAUCUGUGCCCUCCUCAGAGCCCACCGUGGCCAGAGAGGAGCCAGAGAGCCUAGACCUGGCUUGGAAGUUGUCUGCCCCCAAAGCCAAAAAGCCGGGGAGGAAGCCACCAACCCCUGGCCUGGAGAAAGCAGAGGCAACUGCUGGAGGAGGGUCCCGAGGUUCCACGUGAGAGGCAAUUAUCCCUCCUUUCCUCAGCAAAGGGGGCCAACUGAGGCAGCGAGGUGGACGGUUCCCCCACGGCCCCAGCUCUUAAUGGUGGAGUGGAGCCCAGCCCUUCCCGGGUGGUCAUGCCCGAUGGAGUCCACGCUUAGAGGCUUCCCUCUCCUCGGUUCAGGUGCUUGCUGUCCUCCACGCCUGCCUCCUAAAAUCCAGUCUGUUUCUAGUAAGUCUUCUCGGCUCCAUGGUGUUGCGUGGGCUGCUAAGCCUAGGGGCCCUGCCCGCCUCUCAGGCCCCUUCCAGGCUGGGGAGGGGCCCCGGCCUCCGGUGGUGGCUAGCACGCCAGCUGAGUCCUCACUGCACCUGCUCCCUGCAGCCAGAGGUCGGUGUGGGUGCAGAGCCAGGUGGAGGCUGGAGGCAGAUUCUGCUCGCCAACGCAGACUUCCCGAGCGCCGUGGUAGCCAAGGCGCGCCAGCGAAGGGUACCUGCUGCCCCUGGUGCACGGGCCUGGCCUCACUCAGCCCCAGCGGUGAGUGGGGGGAUGCCCGCUCUCUUCUGGAACAUGCCCACCACCACGCCUUUGUCCCUCCUGGGUUCCCUGGCUGAUCUUGUGAGGAUGCCUGUCACCUACCCUUCUGACUGCCCUGUGGGCCAGCUCAAACCUUCCCCUAGGCCUAAGAACCUUUUCCUGGAGGGUCACCCCCCACCCUCCUGACCCCACACUUUAACGCUUUCCGUAGGGGUUCAUAUUAGGGUUGGGUUUUAUGGGAUGGCCUAUGAGGGUCUAGACCAGGACCCAGAUGGCUGUGAUUCCCUCGGAGCAAGGCCCUCAUCUGCCCCAGCCUCACCUUCUGGAACAACCCAGAACCCUGCUUCCUUUGGUCUUGGGCCUGCUGGGAGCUAAGGUUGCCCUUGUUUGCCUUCCAAGGCAAUACUGACAUCCUCAUGAGAUAGCAGGGAAGACUGAGGCCCAGCAGGGGUUGCCGCAGGUCAGAGUCUCCAUGGCCAAACAGAGCUCAGGUCUUGGCCCAGAGUGGCCUGGGGGCCCUGUUCAAUGUACUUACACCCUCCCGGUGUUGUGCCCUGCAGGGUAUACCUCGGAGCACCUGUAGCCUGAGAAGCUGCCCAUCACCUGGGUGACCGUGGGAUCAGCCCCCUGCUCAGGACGAAGGCCAGGUCACACUAUGGAGCAAUCUGAAAGCAGGUGCAGCCCCUCCACCUCCAUGGCCUCUGAGCUGGGAGGAUGCUGUUCCCAGGGGUGGGGGCAGAAUCGGGAGGACAGGGCUCCGUAGGCUGUCCUCUCUAGGGGUAGCUCUGGGCUCCAGGAUCAGGACCUCCAAACCUGGCCCUUCCCCUGGGAGUCUCCUGACCCCAGAGAUAGCAAGCAGCUUGUCCAAGGUCACCCUGCAGAGAGGGGGCAGCGGGACCUUGGCUCUUCUCACUCAGCUGCACUUUCUCUCCCCACCCACUCCAGGUGCUAGAGAACCCAGGCGGGCUGGGUCCUGCAACAGCCUCUCACCUCCCUUCACAUCUGGUUGGGGGGGAGGGGGGAGGAAGGGAAUAGGGUGCCUGCCCUGCCAACUCAUCUCCUAUUUGAGGAGAGGUGGCAUCUGGGCUGCAGCAUGAGUGGCUUAGACUAGAAAGGCAUUUCCCAGGUUCUUAGCUGGCCUUGGGCAGGGUGCCCUCACAUGCUUCCUGAUCCAGGUGCCCAGGACACCUUGAGUCUGUCUCCCUAGAGGUCCUCAGACCCCUCCCCUGGGCAGUCCCCUAUCCCGGCCCUGGGGGAUGCCGGGCACAGUCAUCCCCAGGGCUGCCCCACCAAGACAGGCUCUGGCCGCUGCAGUUUCCUGCUGGAGCCUUGGGCCAUCGCCUUGCCACCUUCCAGCCCCUUGGUGAACACCUAGCCCGUAGCUCUUGGGCCCUGGACUUGGACCUGAGGGUCCUUCUAUUGUGGAUGGAUCUUCUUGGCAGAUUCAAAACACAUCUUUGCUGGAUGUCCCACGCUGGCUAGGCCCCCUCUCCACGGCACUGACAUCUGUUUGUCAAGCCCCAACCAGACUGUGAGCUGAGGGUGGGGAUAAGGUCUGACUUACGUGGACAAGAUGUCCCAGGAUGACACUCGCUUAAGCUCGUGACCCCGGUAGUCUCUUUUGGGCACGUCAUCCCCCCGCCCCCGUGCUGAGGUGCCUGCAUUUGGCCACAGGUGCCUCUCCUGCCACCCUCCCUACCUCAGGCCAGUGUCAGGCACCUGUGGUUCCAGGCAGAAGCCCGAGUGCAGAGCCAGGUCCGGCAGACGGUCCCCAGGUGCUGACGGCCUUGCCCAGCUGCUCAUGGACCUGAGCUGCCUCGCUGUGGCUGGUGAGUGACACCCCUCCCCCAGCCUGCUGUCCCUCCAGGGGCCAGGCCUGGGCCCAGCUGACCUCUGUCUGCUUCUGGCCCCUCCUUUACCUGCCAGGCUCUCACUGAACAUGACUGUCUUGCCCAUUUCCUCAUCUGUCCUUAACAGGAAGUUUAUAGAACCGCUCAGGGACAUUGCAUCUCUUAUCUACCAGGCCCUCCUUGGAGACGUGGCCACCUUGGUAGGCCUGGGCCUGGCCUUGGAGUAACCAGGAGGUCAUGCUCUCCUUCUAGGAUACAGCCCCCAUGGUUCCCAUAGGCUCUUCUCCAUCUGAGCAAUGGCCUGGUGGGCAGCUGCCCCUUCUCCCCUGCAGGGCACCUUGGGGUGGGGGGAAAGGGUGAGGCAAGAGAUCUGGUCCUCUCUCAUCCGCCUGAGGCUGCUUGGAGGCAGAGUGCCCAUCCCUGCCCACCUCCCACUCCAGGUGCAGCGGGGGCUGAGCCCCUUCCCCGCCCUCUGGCAGGUGCUGAUUCAAGGUUCCCAGUGAGUGUCGCUGGGGUGGGUGGGGGAGUGGCUCACAGCACUCUCCCUGCCCUUCAGACCCUGGAGAACCACUGGCCCAAUGGGCCGGCUUGUUUCCUGCACUGCCACCUCCCAAAACCUGGGGCUGCACGCCGUAAGAAAGCAGCAGAGUUCCCACCUUUCAGGUGCAGAUGCUAGCACCGCCCUGCUGUGGGCAUGUGGUCGUCAAGAAUGCAGGCUCUGGGGCCCUGUGACUGUGACCUUGGGCAAGUCACUUAACUCCUCUGCUUCCCUCUCCUCGGCUGCGAGAUGGGGAUACUAGCACCUAUUCACAGGUGCUUGAUGAGUGUUAGGUUUUUAGAAUGAACUGAGUUCUGGAGGAGGCAGCAGGCGGAGGGAUCAAGGUAGCACUGCGUGUUCAUCUCUGAGCUUCUGUUUAUUCAGCUGGAGAAUGGGACUGCGCAGUUCCAGAGCUGCUGAGAAUUAAAGUCCGCGUAACGGUGGGCUGUGGGAAGUGUCCUGCAGGCCCCAUCUGGCCCAUGGGGAAGACCUGCUUAGGAAAGACUCGUCUGCGUGAGGGUGCUGGUUUGCCAGGCCCCUCCGCCAUCCUGUAGACCCUGGUGAUGUCUGUCCAGCCUGGUGUCCGCAUGGCUGGCUCACCUUGCCAGGUAGACCCUUUCUCCUUAUGUGUUGCAGGUAUACUGUCACUUCACCUCCAGAGAGACCAUGCUAGGUCCCCACAUGUGGGUUUCCUUCCCUGUACCUUCUCCUUCAAACCCACAGAGGUCACCAGGUGUGUCUGAACUGUAUCUUCACGCGAGGCCUCACGUGAUGCUCGACAGCCUGGCUUGUGGAGGGCCAGGCGACCAAAGCCUGAAGAGAAGAGGGGCUCAGUGUUCACUGGCCAGCCUUGGCCCUCAGGCUCUUUCCUGCUUAUCCCACCCUCUUCUCUCCUGUAUCACCUACAGGGACUCUCAUGGUAAGGGGGGCAGCUCGGGAGAACAAGGCUGGCAUAACCCUCCCUCCCUAAGAAAAACACUAGCAGGGAUGUUUUCGGCAUCCUGACGGCUGGGGGAGCACCUUGCAGGGCCGCCUCCUAGUCCCUGGCCUGCCGUGGCCCUUGAGUCAGAAGUCGUGGAGAGAGGGGGCUGACCCAAGAUAGGUGCAGAUAUCAGGUUACUUUCCGGGUACCAAGGGGUAGAGGCUUGGGGGGCAGGGGCCCUUCAGGGGUAGGAAUGAAAGCUUACGUAUUCCAGAAGUGCAGAGGACUCGGCCGCCAGCUGCAGUCAACCUCUACGUGGUGACCUUCCUGCUGACCCUCUCUGGCAUCUUGGUGCUCGCUGCUAUCUGGG